ACUGUUGACAGUCUUUCCUCCGUCGUGAAGUAUUUUUUUAACGUCUGCAUUAAAGCAAGAUGAAGGGGAUCGUGUUGUUGCUUCUCUUUUGCCAUCUUGCAUCUCCAGCAAGACACUCCCUGAAGUAUUUUCUCACCGCUACGGAUGGGGUCUCAAAUUUCCCGGAGUUUGUGGCUGUUACAAUAGUUGAUGAAGUUGAAGUGGGUUACUGGGACAGCAACAGAACAAGUCCAGAAACUAAAACGAGCUGGGGGAAAAAAAUAAUAGAAGAUGAUCCUCAGCAUCUUAAACUGUACAUUCAACGGCUUUUACAUAACCGGGAAUUCUUCAGAUCCAAAAUCAAGAGUUUGAAGCAACGCUUUAACCAAUCUGAAGGUUCCCAUGUGUUUCAGAGGAUGAAUGGCUGUGAAUGGGAUGAUAAGACUGGAGAAUUCACAGGUUUUAAUCACUAUGGCUAUAAUGGUGAAGACUUCAUAAUAUUUAACAUGGAGACAAUGACAUGGAUUGCUCCAUCACCACAAGCUGUCAUCAUCAAACACGAGUGGGAUAGUGAUAUGGAUAGAAAUGUUCACUGGAAGAAUGCCCUUACCAAUGAGUGCACUCAUUUCCUUAAGAAGUAUGUGAACUAUGCAAACAACUCCCCACAAAAAUCAGAACUUCCCUCAGUGUCUCUCCUCCAGAAGACUCCCUCCUCUCCAGUCAGCUGCCAUGCUACAGGUUUCUACCCUCACAGAGCCAAGAUGUUCUGGAGGAAAGAUGGAGAGGAGCUUCAUGAGGACGUGGACCAUGGGGAGAUUCUCCCCAACCAUGAUGGAACCUUCCAGAUGAGUGUUGACCUGAAUCUUUUAUCAGUCACACCUGAAGACUGGAGGAGGUACGAAUGUGUGUUUCAUCUCUCUGGUGUGAAGGACGACAUCGUCACCAAACUGGACAAAGCAGUGAUCAGAACCAACUGGGGGAUACUUACAGAUAUGACCAUCCUCAUCAUUGCAGUGGUUGCUCUUGCUGUCAUCCUUAUAGCUGCUGCUGGAUUCAUGUUUUACAAAAAGAAGAAAGCUCCUGACAACAUCACUGAGCUCUCUGAGCAACCGAAUCCAGAAGCCUGAGUACAGUGAGAGACUUCAUGUGGUACCAAGAAAAAUGAAAGACUAUUUAUUCACACUUCCGGUUAACCAAAGCUGCCCACUUGUGUACACAAAAUACAAAUUGUUUCCUAAUUCAGUGUUAAACUUCUGUGUCACAUUCUAGCUGGAAAAAAAAUCUUUAACUAAUGAUGAUAGUACAUUGAAAGCAUAGUAGAUAAAUUAAGUCUGGUUAUCGAUAUAUUCCAAAAUGUGAUAUUUUAGACCUAAAUCAAUCAGUCAAUCAAUCAAAUGUGUGUUUUUGUGAUUGUGUUUUAUGCCUCAUUAUACCAUGGAGACUGAUACUUUCACAUAGUGUCAUUGUCUGCCUGAAUAUAUACAUUUAUAUUUUACUAGUGCAGUGCUCAUUCAAAACAUGCCUGUUUGGAACGGGCAAAUUUCUAAAGAGUUGUGCCCCUCCCCUAUACACCUCUCAUGCAGACUGUUGGUAGACACUACAAUCUACCAAUGCUCCCUAAACACCUAAUAUGCAGGCUAUCGGUAGACCCUACAAUUUAUCAAUGCUCCCUAAACAUCUCACACGCAAGCUAUUAGUAGACACUCUAAUCCACCCAUGUUCCCUAAAUGCCUCACAUGUCUAUCAGUACAAUUUACCGAUGGUCCCUAAACAGCUCACACGCAGAAUAUCUGUAGACUUCAAUUCUGAGUUGAGCGGAAGUUACAUCAUGCACUAUUUCUUGAACAUAGAUAUCAAUGGCCAAUUUCACUUUGGAUGAUGAGAACAAGGAAGGCUGCUCAUAUUCAGUCUGUCUGCAAGAUAAUCCCGCCCUUCGUUGUGACAGAAAAGUCACACAACAAAACAAAAACACAACGCAGAGUCCCUGGGUGUGUAGAGAGGCUACAGCACGAGUGGGUUACACAAUCACUGAACAUUCAUUUCCAGUGGACAAGGAAGCAAACACACUGAUUUUAAGGAAUUUCCCACAUAAGGAAUUCUGACCCAAGUAUACUACAAUGUAGUAACUAUUACAUUUACUACAUCUUUUUACCUGAAA